UGGAGCUUUCUGCUCUCGCCAGUCUGUCCGCAGGGCUGCUCUUGGGUUGAGUACAGAAGCAUGAUCUGCCUGUCACUGUGGCUGUGGUGGACCUUGCUGAGGGGCUCUUGUCAGACAGAAGAAACAUGGCCGGUUAUACUGGGUCAAGGUCAGCCAUGUGGAGUGGGCAUAGAAGGAGUGUGUGGAGCUAACCUCACAUGCGUGACUGAAGAAGAACAAGCUUCUGCCACAGGAGUAUGUACAACACCACUGGAUACAGACUGUGUCCCCUGCACCAGCGUGCAGUGUCCUCCAAACAGACGUGUGUGCCCCGGCGGGUAUGUGACAGAGCCGUGUGGAUGUUGCCCACAUUGCGCUCGCCAGCAGGGGCAGUUGUGUGGCGGCCCACACUGGAGCAGAGGCUACUGCGACCGAGACCUCACCUGCUCCCAGAUCACUGGCCUCCUGCCGGCUACACCCCCACAGACUGGAGUCUGCAAAGUGCUUCCAGGGCAUCAGACGGACUUCCUUGCCGACCCGUUGUGCCCGUUGGUGGCAGGUUGCAAUGUGAGGUUCGGAACUUGUGACUGCUACUCUGUCCAGACAUGCCACUUGGCUUUUUCCUAUCAAAGCCUGGAGGACUGUCUCAAGGCCAUGAAAGUAGAUGAAUACUACUGGAUUAUGGAUGGAGAGGAAAGUGAAGACCGUGAAGAGAUGGAGGAGGAAGAGGAGGAGGAAGAGGAGGAGGACUGCACAGAAUGGAACUGUGAGGUGCGGGAGGGCCGGUGUGUGUGCGGGGAGAGGAGCUGUGAUCCUCAGAUUCAGCCACUGUCCGAGGAAGCAUGUCAGGACCUUCUGUUGGUGCAAGCCAACUGCAGCAAUGUCACUUGUCCUGAACUUCCAGUUCCCUCCUGCUCUGAGGAUUCAAUAUUAACUCAGCCCUUCAUCCUGCCUGGCAGCUGCUGCCCCCUUGUGCCUGCUCUGUGCACUUGCGUCUUUGAGAACUGCAAAACACCCCUUCCCACCUGCCCCCCUGGCCAGCAAUUUAAGAACACUGUCAAGGCGAAUGGGUUUCCAGGUUCUUGCUGUGACUCAUAUUUAUGCGAAAGUUCUGAAGAAGAAGAAGAUCCACAAGACUCGUGAGGAGAUUGCAUUAGUUUGUCUCAGACGAGUAUAGAUAUGAGUCUCCCAUGUGUGUUUGCUCUAUGGCGUGUCUAAGUUGAAUACAGCUGUUAAAACGUUUAAAUGUGACCACUUUUUCUCAAAUUCAUACCUUUUUCGUGUUUAUCACAAUGAACAAAACUUCAAACUUCAUGAACAAGACAUGAUUUCUCAUAAAACGUGUUCAGUUUCUUGUCUGAAGCCUUUAUCAUUUUAUAUAAACAAGGUUAUACAGUAUUUGCAUCGAAAUGUGCAUGUACUGUAUAGGCAAAAUGUUGAUGUUGAUGCCAAUAGCUGUCACUGAAGAGAUUUGUGUUCUCAGAGAGAGCCUGAUAG